GAGCGAACGUUGCAGCUGGGUAAGACGGUCAGGUUACUCCAUGAGCGGCUGCCAACACUGUUGAAAGAGCCGCUUCCUUCGGAACUCCUCUCGCCGCGGAUAUCACUUCACUUGUUCCCCUCGACCCAUCCGCACCUUCCCACUGUCAGUGGCAGGUUGGCCUACAUCGCGGCGCUAUGGACCGCACCGGUAGCCUGGGGACGUAUGCCGCUGGUUGGGAAUGUGAACUUGACAAUCUUAUCUGAGCGUAUGGUGCGCAACGGAGGCACCACGGUGUCGGCGGAUCGACGCGACGAGAAGCUCAUCGUGAAGUGGAAGACGUGCGGAAAGACUACACAUCGCGAUGGGACGGGAGGAGUAUAUCGGGGUAUCGGCAUCGCUGCGAAAGAUCCAAUGGAUCGCAUUAAGGACUUCAUCGCUGGCACGAAGAGCAAAGACACUGGCGGCAGGGACACAGAGGAGUUCUGCGGGAUCUUCGUGUUUGAGUUUGACGAAAAGGGAAGAAUCGUGAAGCAUGUGAUUGAGCACACGGAAGAAGGCAGCGAUUGUGACAAGAUGACGAGAGUGGUAUCUGUUACGGACUGGCUGCUCGGACGGAUCAAUGGCAGAAGAAAGGAGGAGGAGAUGUCGCUUGCUUGGUGCGAGGAGCGACCGAGCGCGGGCAGG